AUGCCACGGACAGCCGUCACCGCCGCCGCUGCUGCGCUUGCGAGCGUCGCAGGGUUCUUCGCCCAACUGCCCACGGGCGAUAGCCACGUCUACAUGAUGACCCCGGUCUCGCGUCAGCUGUGGGGGACCUCGGCCUUCCAAGACGCGGGAUCGCCGGACAUAAACUACUGCCCACACUGUUUCCAGAGCCGAGGGCCAGCCGCUGUUCGUGCACGUGGAGGCGACAAGCCGUGGCCUCACUUCAACGGUGAACGAGCGGAAAACGGCAACUACAUCGAGAGCGAAGAAGUGGCUCGGAGGCACGGAAUCUGCGGCGAUCCUGAACAGACUGCGGCCGAAAGUUCCAACAAGUACGGGCAGGAGAACAGUAACUACCCCGUGCGCGAGACGUACGCCGAAGGGGGAAUCCUCGAAGUCAAGAUCGUCGUGUCGACCUACCACUGGGGUCAUGUCGAGAUGUUCCUCUGCAACGCCGCCAACCUCCCCGGCGGCCCCGACAGCACCGUCACACAGUCCUGCUUCAACGAGCACCCCCUGGAUCGCGCGGACGACGACGAGUUCAACGGCCCGGCCGACCCCGACAACACCGGGCGCUUCAUCCUCGACCCUCCCUGCCGCGCCAGCGAAACCGACCAGGCACUGCUGGACGGCGCUUACCCCAGUGAUGUGGCCACCGCGAGAUUCAAGCUGCCCCAAGGCCUCAGCUGCGAGCGCUGCGUGGUUCAGAUGGUUUACUACACCGGCAACUCGUGUAAGCACCAAGGAUACGCCGAGUUCAACCCUCCCUCAUGGCCCAGCUCGUGCGCCCCGUCCAAGGCCGAUUGGAUCAACGAGGUCGUCGGCCAGUGCGGCGACGGCGACGCCUACCCGGAAGAGUUCUGGAACUGCGCUGAUAUCUCCAUCACGUCCGAUGGAGGCCCCGCUCCCGGCCCGGCUCCCGGCCCCGCGCCCACCCCGACGGCCCCUGAAGAGACCGAACCGCCUGUGGCGGACGUGCCCACCGCAGCACCCACGUACGCCCCGAUUCCCGACAGCGAGGCGGAGACAGACUAG